CUUUCAGUUCGACUUUAACGAGUUGCCGUCAAGGUUCUCAGAGCGCGCGCACACACAGAGAGUUCAACAACAUGGUUAUCAAUUUUGCAGCCGGCCCAGCCAAAUUGCCUGAAGAGGUGCUUCAAGAAGUGCAGAAAAAUCUUAUCAACUGCAAUGGCAGUGGCAUCUCUGUAAUGGAAAUGUCGCAUCGUUCCAGUAAUUAUGCUAAAAUACACGAUUUGGCUAUCGCCGAUCUGCGCGAAUUAUUGAACAUUCCAAAGAAUUACAAAGUGCUGCUGAUGCAGGGCGGCGGCACAGGACAAUUUGCAGCGGUUGCCAUGAAUCUGAUUGGCAGCACUGGCACAGCCGAUUACGUCAUCACCGGCUCUUGGUCUUCGAAGGCAGCCAAGGAAGCCGCACAGUAUGGCAAAGUGAAUGCAGUGCUGCCAAAGUUCGCUAAAUACGUCGAUGUGCCACGGCAAACGGAGUGGAAAUUGGAUCCGAAUGCUUCAUAUGUCUAUUAUUGUGAUAACGAGACUGUUGAAGGUGUCGAGUUCGAUUUUAUACCGGAAGUGGGCAAUGUGCCGUUGGCUUGUGACAUGUCGUCCAACUUUCUGUCGCGCCCCUUCGAUGUGAGCAAGUUUGGCCUAAUCUUUGCCGGUGCCCAGAAAAACAUUGGACCAGCGGGCGUUACCAUCAUCAUUGUGCGUGAGGAUCUGAUUGGCAAGCAUUUGAAAUUGACGCCAUCGGUGCUGAACUUCGAGUUGAUGGACAAGAACAACUCGCUGCUGAAUACACCACCUACAUUUGGCAUUUAUGUCAUGGGCCUGGUUCUUCAAUGGAUCAAACGGAAUGGCGGUGUUGCCGGCAUGUCUCAGCUGGCCGAUGCCAAGUCCAAGCUUAUAUACGAUAUUAUCGAUAACUCCAAUGGCUUCUACUAUUGCCCGGUGGAGUCUCGUGUCCGUUCCCACAUGAAUGUGCCUUUCCGCAUUGGCAGCGCUGCCGGCAACGAUGCGCUGGAAAAGGAAUUUUUGGCCAAGGCUGAGGCGGAGGGCAUGAUACAACUGAAAGGACAUCGUUCGGUUGGCGGCAUUCGUGCUUCAAUCUACAACGCUGUCACGCUGGUGGAGACACAAAAGCUGGCCAAGCUAAUGCUAGCAUUUUACGAGAAUAAUAAAAACUAAGCUGUUCGUUUACUAGUCCA